CUAGCAAAGCAAGUUGCACCGAAACUUCUCAUCUCAAAUUCUCAAUGAAUCCCAUAACCAAACCUUAAACAUAAUUUCCCACGUUAAUUGUGGUGUUCCCGUUAACCCCACCACAAUGGCCACCGCAAAAAUAGAGCACCACCGCGAGGAAGCUGAGAUCUACGAGGGCGAAGCGGUGUGCACGCAAAAGUCACGUCUCCUCUUGGACGAGAUUCUCCUCCCAAGAGGCUUGCUCCCGCUGGAGAACAUCGUGGAGAUGGGUUACAACCGCACCACGGGGUUCGUGUGGCUGAAGCAGAGGCACAAGAAGGAGCACCGCUUCGCCACCAUCGGACGCACCGUCUCGUACGCAACGGAGGUGACGGCGUUCGUGGAGGAGCACCGCAUGCGGAGGGUGACGGGUGUCAAGACCAAAGAGCUCUUCAUAUGGGUCAGCAUCUCCGAGAUCUUCGUGGAUGACCCUGCUUCCGGUAAGAUAACGUUCGCCAACUCCUCUGGGAUUGCAAGGUCUUUUCCUCUCUCAGCAUUCUCUCUCCAAGAGGAACAACAACAACAACAGCAAGAACAUGAUCAUGCAGAAACGUACCUAUCAACCAAAUCAUGAAGGGAUGGAAGAAAAUUUGUUCUGGGAUGAUUAUUAUUUUGGGGUAUUCUACGUUAGUUUUUUCUUUUUUUAAUUUGUUUUAUUCUUAUAUAUAGAUUAGCUUGAGAACUCAUAUUGCAGGAAUUAAUGUGCUGUUACAUUACAUGCAUAUAUACAUUUACAUGUUUUGAUUUUGAUUUCA